GCGAGGGAAGGGGCGUAGCACGCAGUGGGUUUGGGACAGACGAGUCAUUUCAGCGCUUCCAGUUGAGAGCCGGGGGGCCGGACACGGAGGGCAGCAGGACGGACUGGGAGCGAGGAAGCGGAGCCGGAGCGAUUCCCCGGUGAGCAGCUCCCACCACGGGGGACCCUGGGGGGAGGCAGCAGGCACGCCGCCGCCGCGCCUGCCGCGCUGCCUUGCUCUCAGAUCAAAACUGAGCUGGGAAGUUGCUGCUGCUGCGUGAUGCCCUGGGCGGUGGGACGGGAGGUGGGGGGACAGCUUCAGAAAGCAUCUGCUUUUGGCCAAGGGGCAGAGACAGAGAUGCAAGGGGGCACAGCUGCCUUCCUCCCUCCAAAUUUCGGGACAAUUUGACCUGAUUUUGGAGAGACGAGGCUCACACGGCAGCACCUGUUGACAGGCCACGCUGCUGGGCUGAGUCAGGCUCCUGUUCCUCCUCCCAGACGCAGGUGAGAGGAAGAUGAAGGUCCUGCUGGCGCUGGCAGUGCUGUUCGCCUGCAGUGUGUUCACAGCUCGUGGAAAGUUCCCACGCGCACCAGGACUUGAGGGAAGCACCGUAGGAAACCUGACCGCCCACGGUUGCUACUCGGGAUGGGGCAGGAGUGGCACAGCAAAGGCUUCCAUGGACCGGUGCUGCCUGCUCCGCGCCUGCUGCUACGCCAAGCUGGUGGCACGGCGGUGCCGCCUGGGACCGAUCCAGCCCCUCUCGGCGCCCCAGGCAGGAAUCCCCACCUGCAGGUCUGGGACCUGGUGCCAGAGAGGAGCUUGCAGAUGCGAGCGAGCAGCCUGGCUCUGCCAGAUGCGCGGCCGGGGGCUGCUCCGGCGUCGUAGCAAGUGCCGGGGACGUGCCGGGAGGUGUUGAAGGAAAAAGGCUCUGCAAAACCACCUCCAGGCUGAUAAGCAAAGGGCCAGCAGGGCGCUGGGAGCAUUUCCCAGCCCUGGCGGGUCUCCUCCUCGGGGCUUUUUGGCUUUGACAUCAGGACAACAACCCUCUUGUGAAGUUGCAUCAUUAUACACUGGAUGCGAGGGGGGAGAGCAGCACAGAUGCGAAGUUUCAGCACUGAAAAACAAGGGAGGGGUGGACACCUGUGACACAUCACUGCAAAGGGCGAGAUGGAAGCCAACGCGAGCCUCUCCGCCGACACUCAUUUCCCCUUGGCUCGAGCUCCCCGUGCAGCCUGUCAGCUCCCUCUGCUUUUUGCUUCACCGCAGAUUCUCUUCUGUUGCUCCAAAAUAAAAGCAGAGAGCGCAAAA